GCCGAACAGCCUAGACCAGUGAGUGAGCGUGCCGCUGCCGUUGACUUGUCUGACUCUCGGCAGCGCACUCAGACACACAUUCACUUACUCACUCACUCAGUCACUCAGACGAGGCAAAACUGACAGGCAAAGGGCGCUAAGGCUGAGCUUUCUAGUCAUCAUCACAACUCUGAAUGACUGAGGAGAAAGCGUUUUGAGAUUGAGAAGAUAAGAGGAAUACAGAUAGACAGGGUUGAAACAGAAGAAGAAGAAGAAGAAGAAGAAGAAGAAGAAGAAGAAGAAGAAGAAGAAGAAGAAGAAGAACCAUUCUUUCAUGAAGUCUCAAAGUGAUACCAAAACGAUUCCAGAAGGCAGUGCGGGAAAUUGAAACAGACGCUCACAAGUCUCGUCUCUGAAGGAAGGAAGUAAACAGGAGCUGAAGCAGACAACAGCAAUAACUUGGAGGACGACAGCAACAACAACAACAACAGAAAAUCAAAACAAAACAAAACUUACCCCACAGCUGAGGACGGAGACACACAGAGGACCAGUGUGUCAGUGUCUACCUCAGUCUUGUGAAGGCUUCUUUGGGGAGCUGCGGUUGGAUGCUCCCUUAUCCCAUGGUGUCCCUAGGGCAGAACAGGUGAACGCCGAUCCAGCCGGCGGAGAGACCCAGGCAGGGGCUUUCAGCGGCCAUGUCUCAGGAUGGCGUGGGGGGGAGCAUGCCAGAGAUACCCAAGGAGGACCACAGUGGAAAUGGAAGUAGAGGAGGUGGAGGGAAGGAGACCCAUAGGGUCAAGGUGGACCUCUCCCUUCCCAAUCACUUCCAUCACCACCACCACCACCACCACCACCAAGGACAUGGGCAGACUGACAGUGUCGUCCUCCAUCAGAUGGCCACACUCUCCAUGGACAUGUUUACUCCCAGCGAUUUCAAGGGGAAGUUUAGGAAGAUUCAGCCCAGGAAGAGGCCCACUAUCAUCAGAGAAGCGUCUCCGGUUGGCAAGCCCCCCCUACCCCCUGUAGCCAGCUCGGUGGGAGAGCGCAAGGGUCCGGUCGCCAGCAUGCCCGUCACCGUGGACCCCGAGAGCAAGCCGGGCGAGUUCGUCCUCAAGAGCCUGUUCGCCAACUUCACCACGCAUGCCGAACGCAAGAUACGCAUCAUCAUGGCCGAACCACUGGAAAAGCCCUUGACCAAGUCCCUACAGAGAGGAGAGGAUCCACAGUUUGAUCAGCUGAUCACCAGUAUGAGCUCGCUGGCGGAGUACUGCCUGCCCUCCAUCUUGCGCACGCUCUUCGACUGGUACAAGAGGCAGAACGGCCUGGAGGACGAGUCCCAUGAGUACAGGCCAAGGGCCAACACCAAGUCCAAAAGUGAUGAGGCACAGAAGGAUUAUCUGAUGGAGAGGAGAGACCUCGCCAUUGACUUCAUCGUCUCUCUGGUCCUCAUUGAGGUCUUAAAACAGAUCCCUCUCCACCCUCUCCUGGACGGCCUGAUUCAGGAGGUCAUCAAUCUGGCAUUCAGGCAUUUUAAAUACAAAGAAGGGUACCUGGGGCCCAACACAACGAACAUGCACAUAGUAGCUGACCUGUAUGCAGAAGUCGUGGGUGUGGUGGCCCAGUCUAGGUUCCCGGCGGUGCGUAAGAAGUUCAUUGCGGAGCUGAAGGAGCUGCGUGUGAAGGAGCAGAACCCCUACGUCAUCCAGAGCACCAUCAGCCUCAUCAUGGGGGUCAAGUUCUUCCGCAUCAAGAUGUACCCCGUGGAGGACUUCGAGGCCUCCUUCCAGUUCAUGCAGGAGUGCGCCCAGUACUUCCUGGAGGUGAAGGACAAGGACGUCAAGCAUUCCUUGGCCGGCCUCUUUGUGGAGAUACUGCUCCCCGUCGCCGCGACUGUGAAGAAUGAGGUGAAUGUACCCUGUCUGAGGAACUUUGUGGAGAGUCUGUACGACACCACUCUGGACCUGUCUUCAAGGAAGAAGCACUCUCUGGCGCUGUAUCCACUGGUCACCUGCCUGCUGUGUGUGAGCCAGAAGCAGAUCUUCCUCAACAGGUGGCAUGUGUUCCUCAAUAACUGCCUGUCCAAUCUCAAGAACAAGGACCCAAAGAUGGCGCGAGUGGCACUGGAGUCCCUGUACAGACUGCUGUGGGUCUACAUGAUCCGAAUCAAGUGUGAAAGCAACACUGCAACACAGAGCCGCUUGACGUCUAUAAUCUCCACGCUGUUCCCCAAAGGAUCGCGCAGCGUAGUCCCUCGGGACAUGCCUCUGAACAUCUUUGUCAAAAUCAUCCAGUUCAUUGCACAGGAGAGGCUGGAUUUUGCCAUGAAAGAGAUUAUCUGUGAUCUGCUAAGUGUGGGGAAGUCAGCAAAGGCCUUCAGUCUUAAUCCAGAGAGGAUGAACAUUGCUCUCAGGGCCUUCCUGGUCAUAGCCGACAACCUGCAGCAGAAGGACGGGGAGCCCCCCAUGCCCAACACGGGCGCCACGCUGCCCUCGGGCAACACCCUCAAGAAGAAGAAGACUUACCUGAGCAAGACGCUCACCGAGGAGCAGGCCAAACUCAUCGGUAUGGCUCUGUACUACUCCCAGGUGCGUAAGGCCAUAGACAACAUCCUGAGACACCUGGACAAGGAAGUGGGACGCUGCAUGAUGCUCACCAACGUACAGAUGCUGAACAAGGAACCCGAGGACAUGAUCACUGGGGAGCGGAAGCCAAAGAUCGACCUGUUUAGGACGUGUGUAGCCGCCAUCCCUCGAAUCCUCCCCGACGGCAUGUCCAAACCGGAACUCAUAGAUCUACUGGCUAGGCUCACGGUCCACAUGGAUGACGAGCUGCGCCUGAUCGCCCAGAACUCCCUGCAGAGUCUGCUGCUGGACUUCCCCGACUGGCGUGAGGACGUGCUGUUUGGCUACACCAACUUCCUGCUGCGGGAGGUGCAGGACACGCAGCAAGGCCUGCAGGACUCCUCCGUCAAGCUGCUGCUGCAGCUGCUGGCACAGUGGAGGCUGGCCCUGCAGGCUCCCAGUAAGAGCAGCUCCAGAGCAUCAGAGCUGUCCCACAGCAGCAGUAGUAGUAGCGGUGCGGGGGGCCGCGGGGGUGUGGAGAGGAGCCCCCACUGUGGGGUGCUGCACGCGGUGGAGGGCCUGGCCCUGCUGCUGCUCUGCUCCUGCCAGACCAGCACCCGCAAACUGGCCGUCUCCGUGCUGCGCGAGAUACGCUGCCUAUUCAGCGCCAUUGGACAGGCAGAGGAUGAUGACAAGCCCAUGAUCGAGGUGAUGGACCAGCUGAGCUCCACUGUGCUGGACAGCUUUGUGCACGUGGCCCACUCCGAGUCGGCCACUCUGCCCCUGAGCCACCACGUUGACCUCCAGUGGCUGGUGGAGUGGAACGCACGGCUGGUCAACAGCCACUAUGACGUCAAGAGCCCCUCGCAUGUCUGGAUCUUCGCCCAGUCUGUGAAGGACCCCUGGGUGCUGUGCCUCUACAGCUUCCUCAGGCCCGACCACCUGCCCAAGCACUGCCCCACCGCCCUCAGCUACUCCUGGCCCUACGCCUUCACACGGCUGCAGCUACUCAUGCCCCUCAUAGACCCCAACAGCCCGGUGUAUGCCAAGAAGACGAGCACCCCUGGGCCGGGCGACAGCUACGUGACCCUGUGGAGGAACUACCUGAUCCUGUGUCUGGGCGUGGCCAAGCCCAGCAUCAUGAGCCCCGGACACCUGCGCGCAUCCACACCGGAGAUCAUGGCCACCACGCCCGACGGCAGCAUCACCUACGACAACAAGGUGAUCGGUACUCCGUCAGUGGCCUGGCUAUUGAAGCAGCUGGUUCCCUUGAUGAGAGCCGAGAGCAUCGAGAUCACUGAGUCUCUGGUGCUGGGAUUCGGACGCACCAACUCGCUCGUGUUCAGGGAGCUGGUGGAAGAGCUCCAUCCACUGAUGAAGGAGGCCCUGGAGAGAAGACCUGAGAACAAGAAGCGUCGAGAACGGAGGGAUCUGCUUCGGCUGCAGCUGCUGCGCAUCUUUGAGCUGCUGGCGGACUCGGGUGUGAUCAGCGACAGCACUAACGGUGCUCUGGAGCGCGACUCGCUGGCUCUGGGUGCCCUGUUCCUGGAGUAUGUGGACCUGACCCGCAUGCUGCUGGAGGCCGAGAACGACAAGGAGCUGGACAUCCUCAAGGACAUCCGCGCCCACUUCAGCGGCAUGGUGGCCAACCUCAUACAGUGUGUACCAGUCCACCACAGGCGAUUCCUCUUUCCACAGCAGAGUCUUCGUCACCACCUCUUCAUCCUCUUCAGCCAGUGGGCGGGACCUUUCAGCGUCAUGUUCACCCCAUUGGACCGCUACAGCGAUCGCAACCACCAGAUCACCCGAUACCAGUACUGUGCCCUCAAGGCCAUGUCUGCAGUGCUGUGCUGUGGUCCGGUGUUCGACAACGUUGGCCUCUCCUCCGAUGGCUACCUGUACAAGUGGCUGGACAACAUCCUGGGCUGCCAUGACCUCAGGGUGCACCGUCUGGGCUGUGAGGUGGUUGUGCUGCUGCUGGAGCUGAACCCGGACCAGGUGAACCUGUUUAACUGGGCUGUGGACCGCUGCUUUACUGGAUCCUACCAGCUGGCCUCGGGAUGCUUCAAGGCCAUCGCCACAGUGUGUGGGAGUAGGAAUUACCCGUGUGACAUCGUGACCCUGUUGAACUUGGUGCUGUUCAAGGCCUCCGACACCAGCAGAGAGAUUUAUGAGAUCUCCAUGCAACUCAUGCAGGUGCUGGAGAGCAAGCUGUCGGUGUACUCCAAGAAGAUCACGGGCCAGCGGCAGGGCAACAUCCUGUACGGCACCCACGGCCCCCUCCCCCCCCUCUACAGCGUCUCCCUGUCACAGCUCUCCAGCCAGCUGGCCAGCAUGUACCCCGAACUCACACUGCCACUCUUCUCAGAGGUGAGCCAGCGCUUCCCCACCACGCACCCCAACGGCCGCCAGAUCAUGCUGACCUACCUGCUGCCGUGGCUGAACAACAUCGAGCUGGUGGACGCCAGCCUGCCGCCCACCUCCAGCCCCUGCACCCCGGAGGAGGAGGCCCGCGGCCGGGCAGGCGGCCUGGGCAUCAGCCACCGCCUCAAGGGCAACGGCUGGGGCUCCCUCCAGGCCACCUCCCUGGUGCUCAACAACCUCAUGUACAUGACGGCCAAGUAUGGAGAUGAGCUUCCUGGUCCUGAGAUGGAGAAUGCGUGGAACGCUCUGGUUACCAACGACAACUGGAGCAACAACUUGCGGACCACCCUGCAGUUCCUCAUCAGUCUCUGCGGAGUCAGCAGUGACACCACACUACUGCCAUAUAUUAAGAAGGUGGUGAUCUACCUGUGCCGCAACAACACCAUCCAGACCAUGGAGGAGCUGCUGUUCGAGCUGCAGCAGACGGACCCUGUCAACCCCGUGGUGCUGCACUGCGACAACGCCCCUUUCUACCGCUUCGCCGCCAGCAACAAGACCGUGGUGGCCUCAGGAGAAGGUACCACAUCCAGCAGUAACACCAUAGUGGCCGCUCAGGAGAACUUCCAGGAAACAGACGAGGCCAAGAUCGCCCGGGAGAACGAGGAGAGGCUGAGUAACAUGGCCAGGUCCCACAACAGGCUGGAGUCGCGCUACAGCAACAGCUCUGGAGGCUCCUAUGAUGAGGAGAAGAAUGACCCGUUGCCACCCUAUGCCAGCUGGUUGAUUGGUGUUCUGGAGAGUAACCGGCCCCAGCCGCUGCCCAUGCCCGUCAAUGGAGGCUGCUGGGCACCCUUGGUGGACUACUUGCCAGAGACCAUCACCCCACGAGGACCCCUGCACCGGUGCAAUAUUGCGGUGAUUUUCAUGACAGAGAUGGUGGUGGACCACAGCGUGAGAGAGGAUUGGGCCCUGCACUUACCUCUGCUGCUUCAUGCACUCUUCCUCGGUCUGGACCACUACCGUCCGGAGGUGUUUGAGCACAGCAAGCGGCUGCUGCUGCACCUCCUCAUCGCGCUCUCCUGCAACAACAACUUCCAGGUCAUCGCCUCCGUCCUGCUGCUCACCAGGGAGAUGAGUGACAACAAGACCCUCACCGUCAAGUCCAACUACCAGCCUGAAUACCUCUAUACCGCUGGUUUCGACUUCCUGCGUGAGAGUCCUUCCCCGGUGGCGGACUCUGGUCUGAGUUCGUCGUCCACGUCGUCCAGCGUGAGCCUGGGGGGCAGCGUGGGCAACCUGCCCCAGAUCAGCGCCGAGCUGGAGGAGCUGGACGACUCCUCCUCCACCGAGUCCGACGAGAAGACCAGCAAGCUCAUCGAGUUCCUCACCACCAGUGCCUGGAGUACUGUCCUGUCGUUGCUCAGGGCCUUCGGACCGCUGUGGUGCCACGAGGACAUCACGCCCAAGAACCCCAACUCCAAGAGCGCUGAGCAGCUGGCCAACUUCCUGCGUCACAUCAUGUCCAUCUUCAAGGAAUCCAAGUCAGACUUCCACCUGGAGCAGCAGCUGAGUGACGUGGCUCUGCAGACGGCCCUGUGCAGCUCCUCGCGCCACUACGCCGGCCGCUCCUUCCAGAUCUUCAGGGCCCUGAGACAGCCCCUCUCACACCACGCCGUCUCAGACCUGCUCUCACGCCUCGUGGAGGUGGUGGGGGAACACGGGGACGAGGUGCAGGGCUAUGUGAUGGAGGUGCUGCUCACCCUGGAGUCAGUGGUGGAUAACCUGGCAGAGUGCCUGAAGAACAGCGACCUGAUGGCAGCCUUGACCAGGGCCUCAUCUCCUGACUUCCUGGUGAGCGGCAAGCUGAACAUCAACCGUAAGAGCACGGGCCAGCUCAACCUGCCACACGGCGCUGACCCCCACGGCACGGAGCGCAGCCGGCACCAGCGCAGCUACUCCGUGCCCAAGAAGUUCGGCGGUGACAGCAACAACCAGGGCCACCCUGGCGGUCCGCACGCCCGCUCGCCCUCCGAAAACGUGCCCCGCAGCGCCACCCUCGACCGCAUCCAGGCCUGCACACAGCCAGGUCUCCUAGCGUCCCGCGGCUCCCCUCGCAGCUGUGGAGGCUCCUCUGCGUCCUCCACGCGCGGCGACGCCUCGGGCCUGUCCAUCACGGACCCCAACCACGCGGGACACCCCGCCUCCCUGCUGGCCACCAUCUUCUGGGUGGCCGUGUCCCUCAUGGAGUCCGACUUCGAGUUCGAGUACCAGAUGGCGCUGCGGCUGGUGCACAAGCUGCUGGCUAAGGUGCCGCUGGACCGGCCGGAGAACCGUGAGCGUCUGGAGAAGCUCCAGGCUCAGCUGAGGUGGAGUGGCUUCGCCGGGCUGCAGCAGCUGCUCCUCAAGGGCUUCACCUCCCCCGCCACCUGCGACCUCACCCUGCAGCUCUUUUGCCAGCUCACGCCCGUCUCCAGGGUCACCGUCAUCGACACCUCCCAAGCCAUAGGUUUUCCUCUGAAUGUUCUCUGUUUGCUCCCGCACCUUGUUCAAAACUUUGACAAGCCAACGCAGUUCUGCAAGGAAAGUGCAGAGAGGAUAGCACAGGUGUGUCUGGAGGAGAAGGAGAAGAACCAGAAGUUGUCCCACCUGGCCCACGUGAUGACGCUCUACAAGACGCGCUCCUACACCAGAGACCCCUUCUCCUGGGUCAGCGUGGUCUGCCGAUACCUGCACGAGGCCUUCGCUGACAUCACACUCAGCAUGGUCACAUACAUGGCGGAGUUGCUGGACAAGGGCCUUCCCAGCAUGCAACAGCCCCUGCUGCAGAUCAUCUACAGCCUGCUGAGUCACAUGGACUUGGCCCUCAUCCAAGUCAAGCCCUUCAACGUGGAGGUCCUCAAGACCAUCGAGAAGUUUGUGCAGACGGUGCACUGGAAGGAGGCUCUGAACAUCCUGAAACUGGUGGUGUCACGCUCGGCCAGCCUGGUGCUGCCGGCGUACGGCCACGGGGACCUCUCCCACCUGGAGGUCAGCCGCGUCUGGGACGGCUCGUCCAAAGCCCUGCCCGGGAAGACGCUCGACUUCCACUUUGACAUCUCAGAGACGCCGGUGAUAGGUCGUCGGUAUGACGAGCUGCAGGGCUCGGGGGGUCGUGACGGGAAGGCCCGGGCCAUCGCGGUGACGCGCAGCACCUCCUCCACCUCCUCCGGCUCCAACUCCAACACCGUGCUGGUGCCCGUCAGCUGGAAGAGGCCGCAGUCCUCACAGAAACGGACCCGUGAGAAGCUGGUAAACGUCCUGUCAUUGUGUGGCCAGGAGGUUGGACUCUCCAAGAACCCAUCGGUGAUCUUCUCGUCGUGUGGGGACCUGGACCUGAUGAUGGAGCACCAGCCGAGCCAGGUGUCGUCGGAGGAUGGCACGCGGGAGCAGGACACGCUGGACGACACGGCGUCCGAGCAACAGUUCCGCGUCUUCCGGGACUUUGACUUCCUGGACGUGGAGCUUGAGGACGGGGAGGGCGAGAGUGCGGAUAACUUCAACUGGGGCGUGCGUCGGCGCUCGCUGGACAGCGGCGACCUGCACGAGCUCCUGGAGGAGAGCCAGCAUUCGGGCAGCACGCCCAGCCUGGGCCACGAGGACGAGGCGCCGGACGACUCGGACCAGGACACCUCCGAAGAGGAGGACCAGGAGUCCAACUCCACCAGCCAGAGCCUCUCACACUCACAGCUGACCAUGAAUUUUUCUCCGUCGGAUGACACCAACCACACCGACUCAUUGUCCACCUCCUAUGACACCACCUCUGCUGACCCAAACUCCCUGAACGCAGCCACCCCCAGCCUGGGCACCUCCCUCCCUGACGACUCCGCCAUGCAGCCCUUUCCGCCCCCUUUGGAGGUGAGGGCUGAGGAUGAGGAGGUGCAUGAAGAUGACAUCUCCUUCUGCGUGAGCGAGCUGCCGCCGGGGUUUGACUGCGGAGACCCCUUCACUCUGGACCUGGUGUCCGAACACGACCGCUCAGAGAGGGAUCUCAGCACCAGCUGCAUACCCAGCUUCGGGGAGCCACGUGAUGACCUGCAGGAUAUGGACUUCCCGCCGCCGCCGUCUCCGUUCUUCUCGGCCAUCUUGGCGGCGUUCCAGCCCAUCAUAUGUGACGACGCCGAGGAGGCCUGGCGGGGACACGUCAGCCAGCUGGUGGCCGACACCGACGGCUCCUGCGCCAUAUACACAUUCGACGUCUUCUCCUCGCUAUUCCAGAAUAUCCAAAACAAGUUCUGCUCCCUGACGAGUGAUGCUGCAGGUUACCUAGGUGAUGGCCUCAGGAACAUCGGCUCCAAGUUUGUGCGCUCCUCUCAAAUGCUGACCUCGUGUUCGGACUGCCCGACAAUCUACGUGGAUGCAGACACGAUUGUGUCUUAUGGGCUGCUGGAGAAGAUCAAGUUCAGCGUGCUGGAGCUUCAAGAGUACCUGGACACUUACAACAACAAAGAGGAGGCUGCCACCUCAUGGCUGCAAAACUGCAAGGACACGUUUCCCAAAAUCUCCGAUGACGGGGUGAUCACCUGCCAGCCUGGAGACACAGAGGAGAAGCAAUUGGAGCUGUGCCAGCGGCUCUACAGGCUGCACUUCCAGCUGCUGCUGCUGUUUCAGUCCUACUGCAAACUCAUAGGACAGGUCAGCGCCAUCAGCUCCGUGCCAGAGCUGCUGAACAUGUCUCGGGAGGUGAACGAGCUGAAGAGUAGCCUGCGUGUGGCGGCAGCAGCCGUGUCGGGAGACCUGGUGUCCCACCACCGGCAGCCGCCCCAGGCCAGCUUCCCCACCACCGAGGCAGCCGUGCAGGCCGUACUGGAGUGCCUGAAGAACAGCGAGUUCACCACCGCCAUACGCUACAUACGCCAGUGCAGGCGCACGUGGCCAAACGAGAUCUUCGGCGGCAACUCGGAGGACGAGGUGCAGACGCUCCUCAACAUCUACUUCCGACACCAGACGCUGGGCCAGACCGGCACCUUCGCCCUGGUGGGCUCCAGCCAGGACCUGUCGGAGAUCUGCGCCAAGCUGAUGGAGCUGAACGGCGAGAUCCGGGACAUGAUCCGGCUGGCCCAGGGCUACCGCGUGGUCUCGGCGGCCUUCGCCCCGGACUCCAGCGCGUCCGGCGUUAGUCUCUGACAAGAGGAGGGGUGUGGUGGCAGCAGUGGCGCCGUGCCCCCUUUCCAUUUCCCCUCCUCCACCUGCCCCCCGGGGGCCCCGGCUCCACCUCCACCUCCUCCCCCCUCGCUUGGCCCCCUCCCGCCGCUCCUGCCCCCGCCACCACCACCCGCACACCUCCAUCCCCCCUAACGCCCACCCCGCUGCUGCACCUCCCCUCCUCUCCUCAUCUCCAUGCGUCUGCUGCCACCUUCCUCCUGCCUCCUGCCCUCGCCCCUCUCCUCCACCCUUCUGCUCCUCCUCCUCCACCUCCCUCUGCCCAUCCUUCCUCCACCUUUUCCACCUGCCUCUCCCUGCCUUGUGUGCCAGGCUCAGGGCCGCUGGGGGUAGCGGGGGCGGCGGCGGGGGCGGUAGCGGGGGCGGAGGGGGGCUGGGGGAGCUGCUGCAGCUGCCCCCCCUCCUCUGCUACGGCGUCGGCGGUGACCUUCCCGCCAAGACUGCUGCCGUACGUGGGGAAGCUGGGCCGCGCCGCCUGGACUCUGCUCAGACGGGAUGAGCUGCUGGAGGCCAAGGCUAAGGCUGCCUCCUCGUCUGGAUCCGGCUCACGGUCCGGGUCCGAGUCCGAGUCUGGCUCUGCGUCCGGUUCGGAAGCCUCCUCGUCCUCCUCCUCCUCCUCGGGCGGACACAGUGGAGAGACUAAGCCCUUACUGCUCGACAUUUCGGACUGAAAACACGUCACGUCUGACUCACGUCUUCUAUUGCACUAAAUUGAAGUUUUGUUGAUUCUGUUUUGGUUUCUUUUCUUAUUUUCGUUUGAUUUGUUUUUCUUUUUACUAUUUUGUUUGCUGUUGUUGGUGUUGUUUGUCGUUACUGUUGCUGUCGAGAGUUUUCCCUGAUUUUUUAUUUUUAUUUUCUUUAGUCAAACCAAUAUGGUUACAUGGAAAGCUACAGGUGGCAAGCGCUUUCACAACGCAUGUUGGGUUUUUUUUUCCUCCAUGUGUUGGCUACUGAAAGGAAUCGAAUGCUGCAGACGUGGUGAGAGGGAAUGCCAAAGGGCAGAAACGGACUGGACUCGCACCAUUGCUGAUUUCUUGUUGCUGUUGUUGUUGUUUGUUGUUGAAACUGUCCCAAGGGGAAACGUGCAAUGCUACUCUCUUGACGUAAGGCCUUCUACUGUAUCUGCUCAGCUCACUCGAAUGUUAUGGCUUUUUUUUCCCUUCAGGAAAACAAAAAAAACCUUCUCCUGACUAUAACAGUAGGGACAUGCAGAUCACACACAGGAUCGAACUGCAAGUCUUGUGUUUCGUUGUUGUCGUCAAACGUCUCUGUGCCCAGACUGUGAGCUUGUUUUGCUUGUGAAACAACUCGUCACGACUCACAACUCGGUUCAUUGGUUCAACACUGUAUAUGUAACAUAUCAUUAUUUUUGUGUGAAUAUUCACUCCAUGGCUACUCGAUGCUUCCCGACACUUAGGCUGAUAUUCAGCAUUCAUGUCAAUAUUUAAAAAAUAAAUAAAAAUGGAAUAGGACACGUGGAUAAGCUAUUGUAGAAGUGACUGGAUUCAACUGUCAUGUCAGUAUCCCUUUGUACUCGUGUUGCUUUCUACUGUAGAAUAUCUCUAUCCUUUAGGGUGAUUUUCACAAUGUCAAGGAAGAUGCAUUGAGCAUAGUUUUAUGAGAGACAAAGUUCUAUGUUGUGUCAGUUAAAACUGCCAAGCAUGCAUUGUUGUAUUUACAGUCAAUUGUAUUAGAACUAUUUAUUAACAAAGCAUAUUUUAAAGGAGAGAAGAUAUGUUUGUAUAAAAGUGAAAAAGGGAGAUCUCCCCAUGCAAGUAUGUAGGAGAGUGUGUGUGUUUUGCGUAUGUGCGAGGGUGUGUGUGCAUGCAAUAAAAAAAAAUAUUGCACAUUGUACAGCUUCCUUUGGGAAGAUUGUAUGAGUAGGUUUUUUUUUGUCAUGUAAAUACUUUUACAGUUUUGUGAGGUCUUUUGGGUUGGUGUUCUGAUUACAUGUCUGAAUCACAGUUAAAAAAACAAAAUAAAAUAAAAACUCA